UCACAAAUCGUCAACAAAUAAACAUUUUUACUAUAGAGGCCAGCGGACUAGUUUACUAAAGCAUAAAAAAACAAAAAAAAAACUAUUUCACAUUGUUUUUUUUAUUUUUAAUAAAUAAACUAAAUUUGUUACAAUGAGUAAACCCACAUUAUAUUAUGCCCUAUUUAGUCCUCCAGCUAGAACUUGUAUGAUUACCGCUAAAUUAAUUGGUCUUGAUUUGGAUUUAAAAUUUGUUGAUUUUUCACAAAAACAGCAUUUGAGUGAGGAAUUUUUAAAGCUCAAUCCACAACAUCAAAUACCAGUUUUUGUCGAUACCGAUGGAGAAGUUUAUAUAGACAGUCAUGCCAUAAUUUGUUUUAUGGUUUCCAAAUAUGCCAAGGAUGAUAAAUUGUAUCCUAAAGAUUUAAGUAAAAGGGCUCGAGUUGAUCAUCGUUUACAUUAUGAAAAUGGUGUUCUUUUCCAGGUUAUCAAGGAUAUGGUGGCUCGUAACAUUUACGGUGGCGAAGGAGAUUUUAAUCCCAAAACUAUUGAAAUGUGCCAGAAUGCCUAUAGUUUUCUAGAGGCAUUCCUCAAACAGGGUCAAUAUGUUGUGGGCAAUGAAAUGACUGUGGCAGAUGUAUCGAUUAAUACAACACUCAUAACAUUGCACAAACUAUUGCCAGUUGAUGCUGGAAAAUAUCCUCUUAUUACCGCUUGGAUGGAACGUAUGAAAUCAUUGCCGGAUUAUGAAGAUGUUAAUGUUAAGGGAGCUGAAGCGCUGGGUGCACGCAUUAAUGGUGUUAUGGCUGAGAAUAAAGCUAAAAGUGGAAAUUGAUUGUGAAUAGUUGGAAAGUUGUGGAAAUAUUAAUAAAAUUGUUUAUGUGUGUGUGCUAUUGCUUAUAAGAA